AUGGAUUGGAGCACAAGAUCUAUCCUGACCUCCAACUUUCAGACAAACAAUGUUCAAAUUCAGGAACAACAUCAGUCACAACAAUUUACUGCAGCAGAUUUUCAAGCAAAUGCAUCUGUUCAAAAUUCUUACUCUGGAAAUUAUCAAACCAUAAAAAUACUCUCUAAUAGAAUGAAUACCCUUGCAAAUAACUUGCCUUUUCAAAAUCCUGGAGGCUCCAAAACUUUACAUCCUAUUCUGCCUAAACCAUCUGUACAUAAUGACGUUCAGCCAGCCCACCUUAUUCUUACGCGACAUCCCAAUUCACUUGAACAUGUUUCCUCUGAGAAUGCCCAGAUGGCUGCUGGCAUGACUCAGAAUUCGAGUUUGACAAAGAAUGUGCAUAUUUCCUCCCCUGUAGUCGUACAAGGUAGUACUGAAAAUCCUAUGCAAAAUAUACCUCAGAAAACAGUUAAUCUGCCUAUUGCCUUGGAUAGCUACAAUAAUCGACCAUUACAGAAUCAUUCUACUUCUAUGACUACUUCAGUAUAUUGGCAAAAGAGCAAAAGUAAUACAUGUUCAAAAGGACUGCCAACGCCGAUGCACUACUAUCAUGUUAAUGGACCUGCUACCUCCCAAAUAGAUACUACAGUGCCUUUUAACCAGGCAUCAAGUCAGUACUCAAAUUCUCAGCAGAACCUUUCAUGGCUUGUUUUGCCUUUACAGCAAAAUACUCAAAACCAAAUCAAUGGCCCAAGUUCAAGCCUGAAAGCAGCUUUGCAUUCACAAUACUAUGCCCCUAAUACUGUAAGUCCUAUACAGUAUGGAGUACCAGCUCAUCAUAAUUCUAAGAAUGCAGCACAGACCUUCCCUCAAGAUCAAAAUCCACCACCAUACCCAGUUCCUCCUGCACAAAGAAACCAUGGACAGUUUGUACUUCGACAGGCAGUUGCAAAUAUAUCCCAUGAAAAUGUACAGAACUACCACAGUCCUAGGUUGGAUCAAAGUAGUAAUCUGUAUUCAACUCAGCUUAGUGAAAAACAUCAAUCUGUACCAUUCACCCAAGAAACUAAUGCAGUAAGCAACACUCCAUAUAGUGCAAGUGGAUAUAGGACUUCAAAUCAGCUUCCGAAUGAACUGGCCAAGUCAUCAGUUGAAGUUGGAGCAAGCCUUUGUAACAGUGUGCGAGUUGUUGGAACAGUUCCUUCUGAUGUCGCUUUAACACCACAAACGGGUAGGACUUUGGAACAAGAAAAGAAUCUAGCUAAUGGCUCAAGACAUUUUUCUGAGAACUUGAAGGAUAAAAUAACAAAAGAGAGACUAGCACUGGAUGGAAAAAAACUGCAUGAAUUGAAGAAGGCAUUGUUAAAAUUAGAUAAGGACUAUAAAAUGAGAUGUAAAAUGUACCUAUCUUCAGUACAGAAUGGUCAGGCUGCUAACACUUCCGUUCACAAUCAAAAUGCUGUUCAGAGUCAAAAUGCUGCCACCUCACUUGCUUCUUACAAUACCAAUCUCAAUCUGUCUUUGCCACUGCCAAAGGAUUCCAAUCAAGCAAUUCAGCCUCUUUCACAUGAUACCACUCAAUCAUUUCCUCCUAUGUCCUACAGUUCUGGUGAAGUCAAAUAUGCUCCUUUAUCAGUGAAAACCAAUAAUCACUUAGAGCCAAUUCUAAGGCAUAUGCUUAAAGGUACUACUGAUGAAAAUAUGUUAUUUAACGAUUAUGUUGAAAAAGGAGGGACCCAUCAUUUGGCCAUCAAAGAUCAUUCAUCUAGUGCUCCUAUGCUUUCUAGCAGUGAUGUAUCUGAAACUCAUGUGAAUAAUAUUGAUGAUGUUUCUAAACUGAGGUCAAACAUUACAAUGGAUUCUACCCAAGUGCCUUUGACAUGCACAAAAAAUGGUCCUGCUUAUGAACUGACUACAAGAUCUGCCAUCGAUCAAUUGGGGAAUUGGUGUAAGAGUAAAAUGGAAAUCCCUGGCCAGUAUUUUACUGACAAUGUUCUGAGUUCAAAUCAGAACCCACCUGCCUCAAAUGGAUCAUCCUUAUCAAAAAAAGAAGAAAGAGAGUGCAUUGAGCAGAGUAACACUUGUCUGCAAAAAAUUGAAAGAAAAACUGUAGCUGGGAGCAAUGAAAAUAUUUCUGAUACAUUUAAUUCAGCUUCUCUUCAGAAAGCAACUGUUCAAGAAGCAGGCGUAAUGCAGAAGUCCUCAGUUACUGGAAAUCCUUCUGUAAUGACAGACGUUAGUUGGGAGGUAGUAAAAAAAGGUCUUGCUUUAUGGACCAAAAAUUUGCCAGGAACUUUUAAACACUUAUGUAAAAAUAAAGAUUCAACUGUGUCUUUGUCCUUAUCAGAAGUUGGAGUAGAUGGGGGAAAAACACAGCAGAUUUUGGAAAAUCUUCCCAGUUCAUUAACUCAGAAAGACCAAACUAAAGUUACAGUUGGAUCAAAUGAAACAACUACGUCUUCUGCACCUUCCUCUCUUGGAAAAAAACUUGAUGCCGUAAAUUCCAAUUUACUGAAGGGUUCUGAACUCCAAGUUGCCAUUGUUACUCCAUUGAUAAUGUCAAGAGAGUGUAUUCAACAUGAAGUGCAGAAAAAAACUCAUUCAUCUCUGUUGGAAGAAAUGUAUCCAAUUAUUGAAGAAAACAGUGUAUGUAGUUUACAGGAGCUUAGUUCCUUAGUACCAGCUGCUGAUGAAGGGGCAGGAGGAACUCUUUGUUCAUCUUCAAACACAGGUAUUACUGUUAAGAAAGAAGAUAUAGAUAUGCAUGAAAAAACCACCAAAUCCAGUGAAGAAAACUUGAUAGUGAAAGCUGAAAUGAACAAGGAUUGCUUAAUUCAUCAAGUUCCUCAGAAAGAUGUAAAAUCUUUCAAAAGUAGUUCAGAUUUGCAAGAACCAGGAGAUGCUGUUGAAGUUGUGCUGAAUGACACUGUGUUCGAGAUAUCCAGUGUGUGUACUCUUGUACAAGGUGAUGAGUGUUACAAUUCACAAAUAGCUUGUAUUUUUAAUAGUAGCCCUUUGAAGUCUAGUAAGAAAAAUGACACUUCAGAAGAAUAUAUGCCGUAUUUGCAUCAUAGUGAGCAGCAUUCUGGCCUUUUGAAAAGUGAAUCUGAAAUUAUCACGAGUGCCUCAGAAGGAGAUACCUUUUUGCCAUCCCAAGACCGCUUAUCAGAUGCCACUACAGAAAAGCUGUUAGACGAAUUGUCGAAUUUAGAGAUUCCUCAAAGUGGGAAAGCUUCAAAUGAGGGGAAUGUCAUUGAUUCUGAGGAAGGAAAAAGCAGUUCCAUGCCCCAAAGUACUCCUCUUUCAGAAGAGAAACUUAAGCAGGAUACACUCUAUGAUUGUAUUCAUAGUGCAGACUUCAGCAGUGAUAAUGAGGUGUUACCUGUAAAUAAGGGAAACAUAUUCAGCAGUAGUAUUGCAGAUGGAAUGAACGCUACUGCAAAAGAGGAUGCCACAAAAAAUGCGCUAUGUGAAGAAAAUCAACCAGAUUCUGGAAUCAACACUGAAGCUCCUAAAAUAGUACUAAACGAUCAGCUGACUGAACUCUUGAAAGAAUUUCCUUAUGGAAUCAGUUUUCCAAAGGCUUUAAAAACCCCAGAGAAUAACGAUUUUGUGACUAAACUAAGUGAGAAAGAAGAUGAAGAAAAGCCUCAAAGUUCUGUGGAAACUCCCUCACAAAUACAAAUAACAAUAUUAACUUCUGAACAGAUGAAAGAAAUGUUUCCUGAACGGAGUCAAUCUUCCUCUAACAUACCAAAAAACUGUGAAGUUGACCAGUUUUCAACAGAAUUUAAAGAUGACUUGAUGGAAGAGAAUAAAAGGCAUAGUCAAACUGAUCAAGCUGUACCUUAUGACAGCCAAAAUAUCUCAGCAGAAACAACAGCUGCAAAACCCAGUAAGCAUAAAUAUUGCUGCCUCCAGGGUUGGCUAGCUUCAACAAUGGGAGUGGAGCCAUGUAAAUGCAUACUGCCUGAAAAAGUUGCCUCAAAGCAGAAGGUGGACAUUUGUCCACAGUCUAAAACUAUAUCUAAAGUCAAACCAGAAGCUGAUGCAAAAACUGGUCUUCAAGAAAAUGAAUCUAAAAUAGAUACUGAAAUUGUUCCACUUUCAUCUCUAGAAAAACUAGGCUCUCAAGAACUUAAUAUACCUGUCAAGCAGGAAAUGGAAGAAUUGCCACUCCAUACAUCUUCUCCUACUUUGACGACUGAAACAAUUGAAAUUAAAAUACAGAACCACACACGUGAAAGAGAUAAUGUCUCUGCAGAUAAAACACAGUGUCAUUCAAGCACAAAAGAUUUAAAAGUGGUUGCUGCUAGAACUCUCUCCAAGAUUGAAACCUCUGUUAAACAGAGAACAUCAAAAGAAAAACUUGUUGUAAGAUCAAAGACAGAUCAUCGAAGGAGAAUAGAAAUAAAGCGCAACACAUACCAAGAAAGAUAUAAAAUUAAACGGGACUCCAAUGAAACACGCAUUAUUAAGGGACCAACUUUGAGUAAGGGUUUGAAGAGAAAAAUGGCAAUAGGAAAAAAGCAUAAGGCUUUGGUAAACCCACAUAAUAAUGCCAUAAAGUCCCCAAAUAUAAACAGUAUUAAAAUUAAGAGCCCUCAACAUAAAUCUACCAUGCUUUCACCAGAACAUUUAAAUGUAAGGAAGAAAUUAGAUUUUGAGAAAAACUAUGGAUACAAAAAAAAUGGGGGGCACACGAGGAUAAACAAUGAACCAAGUAGGACUGAGCAUAUUGAACACAAUGAAGAAAGUAUUCAAAGGAAAAGUCUGAAGCUAAAUUUGGAAAAAUUUGCGUAUUCGAAAGAGAAGAAAAAUGUAGGCAAUUACAGAAGUCAUUUAGAUGCAUCACCAAAACACAUGAGCCAUGCUUCCAAUAUACUUAAAACUCCCUUCUCGGUUAAAGAGGCUGUGCUAGAUACUCGUAAUAGAGACAAGCGACUUGAGAGAUCUCUUUCUGAUAAAAAAACAUGUUUCAGCAGAAGAACUGGUAUACUGUCAAUUUCUCUACAAAGAGAACAAAAGAAAAAAUAUUUGAACCAAGUUGCAUUCAAAAGGAUUGCACAGAAAACCAUUUGUUUGACAAACUUAGAUUCACAUUCCAAACCAGUAUGGCAUGUGAAAUCCAGUAGUCUUUCAGCAUUGUGUGAGGAUCAAAAGAACAGCAGCGCAUCCUCUCAGCAUCCAGAAGUGGAGAAACCGAAAAUGCUUGAGUUCAAAAUGUGCCCAGAGAUAUUGUUUGGAAAAUCAGUCUCAGAAGAACAACUUUUAGAUGGAAAGAAUCUUCCUGAAAAAGACAAAACCCCUAUCACAGGUACGGUAUGAUAUGAUCAAGCCAACCUGUAAUACAACUCCUGUUAAAUAGGAAGUUGUAAAUGCAGACUGGUAUUAGUUUUAGUAUUUCCCCUGCUUAAGUUUACAUUUUAAAAUGCGUUUUGUGUGUGUGUGUUGGUGUCAAGGAGCUGUCAGUCGAGCACAGCUCAUCCACAAGGCAGGAAACUUGAGACACAAGAUGCUUUUAACUUUUAUUAACAGAAAGUAACAGCAUAGCAGAGUUCCUCACUAGCUUCACAAAGACUGUCUUAGCAGGUAACCAGUGAAGUAAUCUUAGAGGUACUUAGCUAACUUAGAUGAUUAAAAUGCAUAUACGUAACAGUGGUGAGCUUGAGUACAUUUCUUUUUAGGGUUAACAUGAAUGAUAUGAUUAAUUAAUACUUAAGCAUCCAGAAACCUGCUAAAGGACAAGAAACUACGAGAAGGAAAUAGCUGGAGGGAAUGAAUCAUGGUUUAUGUUGUCUCUAUACUAAUGCACCGAGUAUGGGAUUCAAGCAAGAUGAGUUGGAGCUUAUAAUACAGGAUGGCAAAUAUGACCUGGGGGGCAUUGCUGAAACUUGGUGGGAUGAGACUCAUGACAGGAAUGUAGGGAUUGGGGGGUAUAGCCUGCUCAAAAUGAAUAGAACAAACAGGAAGGGAGGAGGAGUAGAAUUAUAUGUAAAGGAUAUGUUCACUGGUGAAGAGAUCCAGCAUCUGAAGCAUAGAAGACAGAGAAACAACAGUGACCUUACUAUGGAUGUCUGCUAUAGACUGCUAAGCUAGACUGAAUAGUUGAAUUGUGCCUUCCUAGAGCAAGUAGUAGGUCCUCUGCGUGGAGAAGAUGGGGGAACACCUGGCUUUCCAAUACUACAUGUGAAAAGGAUAUAGGGGGCUUAGUGAACCACAAGCUUAACAUGAGUCAAUAGGGAGAUGCAGCAGCAAAAAAGGUAAUGGUAUUGGCUACAUCAACAGACUUAUAAUGGCCAGAUCAAGGGAAAUAACAGUACUGCUCUAUUCUGCCUUGUUCAGACCUCACCUGGAAUGCUGGGUCCAGUUCUGGGCACCACAAUUUAAGAAGGAUAUUGACGCAUGCUAGAACGUAUGCAGAGGAGAGUGACCAAGAUAUCAAGGUUCUGGAAACCAAGCCAGAGGAACGGUGGAGCAAAAUAUUAGUUUUCCUCCCUGUCCGUCAGGAUUUCACAAUUGAGCUGGUUUUGGAGGGUCUUUCAGAGAAAUCUACCAUAAUUAUUUGACUUAUUCAAACUUUUAGAAAUCUGCCUUAGGUUUUUUGUCUAAAGGUUUUUAUUGGCUUCUAACAUUGGGAGAAACCUAUUGUGUGUGGAUGGUGCCAUUCUGGUUACAUAGAAUAAAUAAAAAUGGGAGGAGGAGGAGGGGAAAUAAAGAAAGAACAUCCCAUUCUUCAUCUGUUAGCUAUAUAGAUAAUUAUUCAACACAUCCACUCCAAGGUAACACUGAACAAUCCAUCUUCUAUAGACCAAUAUUCUCUUCAGUCCUCACACCCAGAUGUCAUAAGUUCAUAUUUUUAUUCAAAAAGUCUAUUAAGAAGUUUCCAAUCGUUAGUAAAUCUUGACACUGAUUUUUCUCUGCUUAAAACACUCAUUUCACCAUCUUCUCUAAGUCCAGUAAUUUCAACAUAAAUUGGAAGAGUUUCGGUUUCAGUUGAAAAUUGACCUUCAAAACCCUCAGUAUCAGUUUAUGUACUUGCAUGUAAUAUUUUUAAGCUUUUUUACACAUCAAUCAAGCAUGAUAAAAUGUCACUUCAUUUUCUUGAACAUUCUGAAAACCCCGCUGAAACAGACCAAAGUUUCAUGUAGCUCAGGCUUUUAGGUGCAACAGCCUCCAGGUAAAUUCCCUUGAGUAUUGACAAGGCGGGCAUUUUUUGCAAUGUGUUUCGCCAGUGCUUGGCUCUAGAGGGUUUCCAAGUAAAGGAAGUUAAUAGAUGAGAAAUAGCCAGUGAGAGAACAACUUUGUAUAUUUUGUGAUCUAUGAAUGCAUGGGUUGCUUCAGAUCAUUGUACUACAUCGACCGUGGGGUGUUUGUGGUUGUCCCUGACCCAAGUAUAUUAGUCUGAAUUUCAUAGACAACUGACUGUUUACUCAUCACUUGCAAUUAUCACUUGCAGCUGUCAAAAGUAAAAGAGAAGACUGGUUAAAUUACAACCCUGUUAAGAGAAGAAAAACUGAAGAAUGUGAAGCUCAAGGUAACUUCUAAAAUCCAUAUAAGGAUAAUGCCAAAAUUAGGGCCAACCAGAAUAUCGCAAAAUAGUGCAGAAGUUCUGCAGAAUUCCUCAUCAGAAAAUUUGCAAAUGAAAUAAAUGGGAGGCAGCAAAAAGUAAGGUAACUUUUUGAUUUCCUGUUAUAAAUCAAUAAACUUGAUUUUGUGAGGUUGAAUGCUAUCUUGAAACUGACUUGGCACUUAGUGAGGCACUUGAUGGAGGGAGGACCCUUCAUUCUCAGAAGAAUAGUUGGUGUCAAAAGCUUCCCUAAGUGCCAAAGUCCAGACUUCAACCAACUCUCCACAUUAAUAUUGUCCAAGGUGGUCUAGUUAUGGACAACGUAUAUGUCUAUUGCAGAGAACAGAUGUAACUACCGUCUUAGGUGUACCACUCUGUCCUGGCAGCUCCAAGAUAGGGGUGGAACUAGCCACAGCACAGGAUACCAUGCCAUACCUAUAUUGCCUCAAUAACAUGUCUGUGAAGGUUGUGACUUGUCUCGUAUUUUGAAGCUUGAGUGAACUUGGAAAGCCUUAACACAGCAUAGCGUGUUAAACCAAACUUAUUGGCUAGCUGAAUAUCAUGGUUGAAUAGUAAUGAUGCACUUCUAUACUUGCCUACUCAAAAGUAAGUUUUAGCAGAUUCAAUGGGACUUACUCCCAGUAUUGUUUUUUAUAUAUAGCUUUGGAGUUUUGGCAGGAAAAGCUGAAUUUCGCAAGUCUGUCUAUCUCUAUAAAUCCUCCAAAUUAACAGUGCAAUUGUUUGUCACUAUUCUGCAGUUAAUGAUGGCAUUCCUCUUGAUACUGCAAUAAAAUUAUUGGAUGGAAUGCCUGUGAAGGAUUCUAAAGCUACAUUUCAGACCUACAAGAAAAUGCAUCUGGAAAAAAGAAGCCGAAGCCUAGAUAGCACUCCCUUAAACUAA